CAAAGAUAAAUUAAGUUGGUAAAGGUAGACAAUAUACAGGGAGAUAGAAUCGAAUUCUCACUGUCUUCGUUCUCUUCCACCCUUGUGCUUCUCCGGUUCUUAGAACCCUAAUUCCCUGUUAAAAAAAAGAGAAGAAUUUUCACUCUUUUCUCGCCAAUUAAGUUAAUUACCUUGGAAGUGAAAGAGCCGUUCCUCUUGUUCUGGUAUUGCUCAUGGGAUCCCGAGACUCGUAUGGAAAUUAAAGCUCGACUUUUCGCAGGGAAGCGAGAGAGGCGCCACCACCACAUGUUCACAGAUCCACCGCCAGAACAAGUAGCUAGUGGGAGCAGGCAGGAAGCCAGAAAGCUUGUUCUCGCUGUUAACCAAGAAAGCUUAACUAUCAUAUCCAACUCUUACAAUUCAGUUAAUCCCGAAAGUGAUCAUCUAAUUUCAUGAAAGUUUCUCAUAAGCCACCGAGAUAAAUUUGGAAAGCAUCCGACGAGAAAUUAUCCUUCUUCUAGUGAGUUGGGGCUUUCGAAUCGACUGCCUCGGCUUCGAUUGUCUUCCGAGCAUGCGGAGUGAAUGGGAGACGAGCAUAGUCACCGCGGAGGCCUCGGCUUCUAUCAGCUCCACCUGGGUCAUCGCCGGCAGCAGCAGGGGCCGCCGGCUUACCCGAGGUCGGGAAGGCUGAGGGGCUUCGGCGGGGAGAUUGUGGAGGUCGAAGGAGGCCACAUUGUGCGGUCCACCGGGCUGAAGGAUCGGCACAGCAAAGUGUGCACGGCCAAGGGCCCCCGCGACCGCCGCGUCCGCCUCUCCGCCCACACUGCGAUCCAGUUCUACGACGUGCAGGACCGGCUUGGCUACGACCGCCCCAGCAAGGCCGUCGAUUGGCUCAUCGAGAACGCCAAGGACGCCAUCGACCAGCUCGCGGAGCUCCCCGCGUGGACUCCCACCCCGAUCGCCGUCGACGCAGCGGCGACAUCUUUUUCCGUCGUUGCUCUGCAACCCUGCGAUUCCUCUGCUUCGGAGCAGCCUACGGAGGAGUCUGACAAGAACAGAUUUGGGGUCGAUGAGCCCCCGGUGACUGCUGCCUUCGGCUUCGAAGGCGACGGCAGUGGGAGCAGUGGUUUCCUCCCGCCUUCGUUCGACAAUAACGCCAUUGCGGAUACGAUCAAAUCCUUCUUCCCAAUGGCGGCCGCCGCCGCCAGUGCUACUUCGCCGUCCUCCAGCACUCUUGCAAUUGGUUGCCAACGCUACCCUCCGGGCCUUCAAGACCUCCGCCUCUCUCUCCAAUCCUUCCAAGAUCCGAUCUUUCAACACUCUCAGCCCAGCCACCACCACCACCACCACAGUCCAACUCCUUCCGCACACGAUUCUCUACUCGCCGGUUCCGCUCACUCAUUAGGCUGGGUUGAACAGAAUCGGCAGAUGGCGUCGUGGUACAUGCCCGAGUCAAGCGGCGGCGGCGGAUUCGGAGAAUUUAUUUUCUCCGUUCCGCCAACGCAACCUGCGCCGCCUCUCCCGACGCUCGGCCAGAGCCAGCUUUUCUCUCAGAGGGAACCCCUUCAGUCCAGUAACCCGCCCUCGGUCCGUGAUUGGUCAGAACCGGAGCUCCAGAUGCACCCGGUGUUCCAUUCCUCAAUCUCUCCUAUCGGAUUCACCUCCGAAGCUGGCAUUUUGCGAUUCUGCAUCCCCACGCGUAUUCAGGCCGAAGAGGAGCACGGCGGCAUCUCAAACAGGCUGCCCUCUACUUCUCGCCAUUGAUGCAGUGGAAGCAAGAGAACAAGACCACCAUCUCGCAGGUAAAUUCCAGCCGCUUCCCUGUCGAUUUCCUAAAGUUGCUAUCUUUUUCGUCGAUUGCUUCGUUCUAGCGUAUGUGUGUAGUAUAUUUUGGUCUUUCGAGGCCCAUGCAUUGUCUGUCCUGAUUGCUCGAACUACUUCUACUCGUGAUGUGAUAUAUUUGCUCUGUUGUUGCAUGAAAACGGCUCCUUAGAUUUGGUGCUUUAAGUUUCCAUAACAGUUGAGCAAGCAACACAAUUUACAUAAGCAAGAUCAAGAAUUUGACAAGGAGACAGAGAGAAAUAGAUUUUAUUGUAGCUUCCAUGAUUGCACAAAAGUUCUCCUUCUUUAAUCAGCAUCAAGGUAAAUAAGUAACAACUUCAGUAUCUGGGUAGGUUCUCCAUUGAUUGGAAUUCAAUGUGUCUGAAGGAGACCUGACCUGCAUAUGAAUACAGAUAUGUCUCAAUCAUCCAAACCAUAGAA